AUGGAAGUAUGAAAUAAAAAUAGGUUAUGUUCUAAAUUUGAUAAUUUUUAGUAUUUUAUAUUCCUAAAAAUGUUUAAAAUCGUACCGAAAUUACAAUUAUUAUCCAAAUAUGAAGCCGUAAAUUUCACCAAAUACGAAUUGGUGCGUUUCCGGAAAAGGAAACCCAUCCACUUGGGUACAGCGAAAAGUAAACUUUUCAGGAUUCCUGAACGACCCAAUCAGCCCGAAGAGGAAAGGAUGGAACUUUUGCGAAUUUUUAACAAUUACAGAACUACAAUGAAGUCUCUGAGAAACUUUUUCAUCGUUAAUCACAGUAGUGAAUUUGUGGAGGCCAGCGAAGAUCCGGAAGAAAGUAGGAGACUGUUCGAAGAGGAUUUCAAAAGAUGCUCAGCCAUUAAUGAUCAAUGGAACAAGAACCAAAAAGAGCGAAGAGAGAAAUUCUUUGCCAAACAGCAUGAGGAGGAAGUAACUUUUGCAUUAAAUCGUAUAGAAUUAGAAAAGAAGAAGGCGCAAGAACUACAGGAAGCCAUUGAAGAAAUUGUUAGGAAGGAGAAGGAAGAAUGCAAAACAAUUAUAACUCCUGAUAUGCUGGACAAGGCAAUUGAAUAUGCUCUAGCAAAUCCAGUCGAUUAUAAUUUCGCUUUAGAAUCAAAUGGAGAAAAAAUUAUCGGUAGAAAUACUAAACCAAGCAGUAAUCAAGAGGAUAAAAUUGUUGCUAAGCAAUAAUUAAUAAUGUAGACUUGUAGAUAAUAAAAUAAACUUAAAUUUA